CGUUCCAGCUCCUUCCCCCAGAAGUCUCCAGGCAGCCAGGGUCCCUGGCAGCUGCUGGGCUGCAGUGACCAGGAGGGGCCAGCCAGCUCUGAGCAGCCCCUUCCGGCUGACUUCAGGAUCCAGUGGUCAGUCAGGUUCCCCAGGCCUCUUCCAAGUGGCUCUGGGCCCUGCCAGGGGAGCUGACGCCCAAACACGUUCAACCCUUCCACCGCCCUGUCUGCCUGUCCUGGGUCAUUCCGACCUGUUCCUGGCUGCUGGAGAAUGUGUUUACCGGGCAGCCCAAGAUCUAUUCCUACAUGAGCCCGAACAAAUGCUCCGGAAUGCGUUCCCCCCUUCAGGAAGAGAACUCGGUUGCACAUUACGAAGUCAGAUGCCCAGGGAAGCCGCUAGCUGGGAUCUACAGGAAGCGAGAAGAGAAAAGAACAGGAGGCAACGCCCUGCGGAGUUCAGCAAAGGCCGAGGGACACAAGAUCAAAGAUGCCAGGAGAGGCCCCCUGGCCCCUUUUCCAAACCAAAAACCUGAAGCCGCAGAACCUCCAAAAACCCCACCCUCGUCCUGCGAGCCUCCCAGCUUGACUGGCAGCACGCAGACCAUGAAGAAGCCCCCGAGGGGCAGCAGACAGGCCCUCCGGAAAAAAGUUCCAGGGAAAACGCAGCAGAAUCGCAAGCUCACAGAUUUCUACCCAGUCCGCCGGAGCUCCAGGAAGAGCAAGGCUGAGCUGCAGUCUGAAGAGAGGAAGAGACUGGAUGAAUUGAUCGAGAGCGGCAAAGAAGAAGGGAUGAAGAUUGACCUCAUCGACGGCAAAGGCAGGGGCGUAAUCGCCACCAAGCAGUUCUCCCGGGGCGACUUUGUGGUGGAAUACCACGGGGACCUCAUUGAGAUCACGGACGCCAAGAAGCGGGAGGCUCUGUACGCCCAGGACCCCUCCACGGGCUGCUACAUGUACUACUUCCAGUAUCUCAGCAAAACCUACUGUGUGGAUGCCACACGGGAGACCAACCGCCUGGGGCGACUGAUCAACCACAGCAAGUGCGGGAACUGCCAGACCAAGCUGCACGACAUCGCCGGUGUGCCCCACCUCAUCCUGGUCGCGGCGCGGGACAUUGCGGCCGGGGAGGAGCUGUUGUACGACUACGGGGACCGCAGCAAGGCCUCCAUCGAAGCCUACCCCUGGCUGAAGCACUAACGGCCGCCCACUCGUGGCGCAUGGCCUCCUCCGAGGGAAUGGGUUUGCUUUGUGUUUGUUUUUUUGCUUUUUCUUUUCUUUCUUUUUUUUUUUUUUUACACUUAAUCUUAGCGGAUUACUUAAGAUGUUUUUUAAAAAGUAUAUCAAGAUGCCUUUUCACUGUAGUAUUUAAAUAUCUGUUACAGGUUUCCAAGGUGGACUUGAGCAGAUGGCCUUAUAUUACCAAAACUUUUAUAUUCUAGUUGGUUUUUGUACCUUUUUUGCAUAUGAAUGGAAUGCCCGGCACAGGUUUUAGGAGGAAAGAGUCCCAGACGGGACCAGGAAGCCGGCCGGGGUUUCCUGCCUCCGGACGCAGGGCCGGGCCCUCCCGCUUUCUCCGCACCCCACAGCCCCUGCCCCCCAGCCGGGGCGCCUCCAAGCUCUUGUUCUCCCAGCGUCUUGACAGGCGCGCGCUCAAGUGUAUGAAUAUUUUUUAAAAAGGGUUUCUUGGUAAGCUAGUCUUCCCAUCUCUACUUUCUUGAAAGCUUCCUGGCCCCGUGGCCCGCCAGCACGGGGCCAGCCGGGUGCCGACUCUUCCAGGGCCUGCCAUCCUCGGCACACCCAGAGCACCAGGGCCGGUGGGCAGACUCGAGGCAGGUGGCAGGGAUGGCACUGCCUGCCCAUGCUGCCGGGGCAGAGUGCCCAGAACUGGGUUAUUAUUAAUUCUUUAUAGAAAUGUGAACACUGAGUUUAUUUUAAAAAAAAAAUUCAAAAAGCUUAAAAAAAAUUAAAAGAAAAGGAAAAAAAAACCACAGGAAACAACUUACAUGUAUAUAGAUCUUGAAGUGAGUGAAGUGGUGGCUGCCUUUUUCUGUUCUGGGUUUCUCUGUUCGUUUCUGUAGGCGAGAUCUCAGAUGGUACUCUAAUCACAAAUAAGGUUUUGUAGUGGGACCAGAAGUUCCUCACCCGAGUACCCCACACCCCUGCUCACCUGGCAUCCACCUGGCGUCCUCC